GGCGGAGUCGGUAAGACCUUGGUUCGGUGGGUCAUGUGACGUAAAUGGCGUGCUGGCGCGCGGAGUAGCUUCGCGCGGGGUUACCGAUACGCUCGUGCCGAAAGGGAAGUCGGUAUGUCGGAUUGGGAAGAGGAUUGCGACGAAGCGGCUCUGAAACCUACGACCGAAGUUAAAGCCCAGCAUAAAGGAUGGCGGUCUCACAAGACGGAACAGAUUUCCAACUUUAAUUUUACGCAGAAAAAACAGUGGGGCCCAUCAGAACGACGGCGGGGACACGAUGGGCGAGAUCCGCAGCAGCAGAACUUGGGGGGCGGGAGUGGCCAUUUGGACACUGAAGGAAAGCGGUUUUCCAGGAGGGAAAACGAAUGGAGUCCAAGUGGGCGAGGAGACGCCAGUGGAGGCCGCGGGUUACUGGCGUCGGCGCCGCUGUGCUUUUCAGUGGAUAGUUCUGCAUUUAGUUCUAUUAUAGGUCGCGGAGGUGCUAAAGUUCGUGAACUUGAGGAGGAGAGUGGAGCAAAGAUAAAGGUCAUUCGGGGCCGUUAUGAAGGGGAGGUUCAAGUAUUUGGUAGCAGGGAUGUGCAACAAAAAGCCAGGGAAAUGAUCGCAGCUUUGAUUUCUCCGGCCGUUGGUGAUCCCGGGUCCACAGACGCUGGCACUGAGACCUGCUGGUCCGCCUCGGCUGCCCAGGGCCCGUCAGAUUUCGCCCCGCCGCCGAUUGACUGGAUGUCCAUCCGCGAAAAACGGCAUGAGUAUGCGGCUUUGAAGUGGAAGGAUCUCCCGCCACUCAAGAAGGAGUUUUACAUUGAGGCGGAGAGUGUGGCUGUGCGCAGUGCUGAGGAGGUGCAGGCCUGGAGGAAGGAGAACAACAAUAUCUUUGUGGAUGAUUUGAAGGAGGACGACAGGCGGGUUGUACCCAAUCCGGUUUGUACCUUUGAAGAGGCCUUCCAGGCCUAUCCUGGCAUCAUGGAGAACAUUGUUCGAGUGGGCUUUGUUAAGCCCACACCGAUCCAGUCGCAGGCCUGGCCCAUUGUGCUGAAGGGCUUUGACCUGAUCGGAAUAGCCCAAACCGGCACAGGGAAGACCUUGGCUUACCUCUUGCCAGGCUUCAUCCACAUGGACCAGCAGCCUGUGCCCAGAGAGCAGCAGGAUGGACCCGGCAUGCUGGUACUGACCCCGACCCGAGAGCUUGCCCUGCAGAUCGAGCAGGAAUGCAAGAAAUACAGCUACAAGGGCUUCAAGAGUGUCUGCAUUUAUGGAGGAGGGGACCGCAAGGCCCAGAUCGGUGUGGUGACCCGUGGCGUGGACAUCGUCAUCGCCACGCCAGGCAGGCUGAAUGACCUGCAGAUGAACAGUUACCUGAACCUGCGCUCCAUCACCUACCUGGUCUUGGAUGAGGCCGAUCGUAUGCUGGACAUGGGUUUUGAGCCACAGAUUAUGAAGAUUAUAUUGGACAUCCGGCCUGACAGACAGACGAUCAUGACUAGUGCCACAUGGCCAGCGGGUGUGAGGCGAUUGGCUAAGUCCUAUCUGAAGGAUCCAAUGAUGGUGUACGUGGGGACGCUGGACUUGGCGGCCGUGAACACCGUACAGCAGUCGGUAAUAAUCGUCCCGGAGGAGGAGAAAAAGAGUUACCUUUUUGAUUUCAUCCGUAACCUGGAGCCUGAAGAUAAAGCACUGGUAUUCGUAGGGAAAAAGUUAAUUGCGGAUGACCUGUCCAGUGACCUCUGUCUACACGGCAUAAAGGUUCAGUCACUGCAUGGAAACAGGGAGCAGUGUGACCGUGAGGAUGCACUGCAGGACUUUAAAGAGGGCCGUGUGCGGAUCCUCGUGGCCACCGACCUGGCCUCCCGGGGCUUGGACGUGCAUGACAUCACGCACGUCUUCAACUACGACUUUCCACGUAACAUCGAGGAGUAUGUUCACCGUGUUGGCCGUACCGGAAGAGCAGGACGAUCCGGGGCAUCCGUGACAUUAGUGACAAGAGGAGACUGGAAGUUGGCUUCCGAACUGAUUCACAUCCUGGAGCGAGCCGGACAGGCUGUUCCCGAGGAGCUGCUGCUGAUGGCCGAGCGCUACGAGAAGCACGAGAGGGAACGCGAGAUGGGUGUGCCAACGCGGCGAGGAGGAAGAGGCGGGAGAAGCAGAGGCCGGGCUGGGGGAGGAGCAAAUAAAAUGUGGCACGGGAAUAGAGACAAGAAUAGGGACGAUUCCACCUGGAGCUUCUAAUCUGUCCGACUUGAUUGACAGGUUUCAGUCCUGUACGGUAUCUGCGCGCUUAUGGGCUCAGAUCCUUGUGCUGACAUCCUCCGCUUCACGCAGAAAGAAGGUCAUCUUAUUAACGUUCUCAUGUAUUUAUUUUUGUUUGACCAGCACGUCUGCAAAAAAGUUAAUGGUCUACAACUGUGUUUAAAAAUUGCCCAUGAUGUGGAAUUUAGUUUGAGGGGCUAAAUGUGGUGAAUAUUUUCAGAAUCCAGAGUUGAUGAGGGACCAAAAAAUAAAUAAAUAAAAUAAACAA